AUGACCGACGCCAAAGUGUUGGCGCAGCAACACGUGUGGGCUGCGGUUACCCCUGAGGCUAAAAACCAGGCAUUCAAUUGCACAAACGGCGACGUUUUUACGUGGAAGAGCAUGUGGAAGUUUCUGUCUGAACUUUUCGAUGUGGAAUUUGUGGCGUUUGAUGAAACGUUGGAGUUUGAUUUGGUGGAGCUGAUGCGUGACAAGGGUAGCGUUUGGGAGGAGAUUGUGGAGAAACAUGAACUUCACAACAACAAAUUGGAGGAAAUAGCGUGCUAUGAAGCACUCCAAACAGUGCUACGUUUUAAGUUUCAACAUGUGUCUAGCAUGAACAAGAGUAGAGAAUAUGGGUUUUUGGGGCAUGUUGAUACGUUUAAGAGUAUCAGAUUUUGGGUGGAGAAACUGAGACAGAUGAAAAUCAUACCAUCAUAUGGAUGA